AUGGCGUUAGCAAUGGCGACAAUGCUGAAUGGGCGACCAGAUGCCCUGGUAUUUCUGGGGAUGAAGUGUUCGAGUUUUUCGGCAGUCAACCGGGGAACUUCUGGGAGGAGUAUUAUAUGUGGGCUCGGCAACAUGGCCUACAAGUCUGUACAAGAAGCAAAUUUAAUGUUGUCACGGACACUAGACAGCAAGGUAACUUUUUUGGGCUUGGUCAGGGGGGAGCUUGGGAUAUGA